AUGCCUCCUAAAGAAAAACCAUCCAAAGAGGACAUUAGAGGUCAAUUAUCUGACAUCCAAAAGAGACUAUUCACCAAGAAAUCUUCAACAUCAGGAUCAGGAUCUGGGUCAGGAUCAGGAUCAGGUCCGAAAAAUCCUCUAAGAGAAUCAAAUAGUCAAUCAUCCACACCAAGUAAUGAUCAAGAAAAAUUUGCUAAUUUUCUACCACCUAUUCCUAAAUCUAGCGGCGGAGAAUCACUUACCGCGCCAGCUCCUACAAAGAGAACAUCUCAUCAUAAUCUAUCUUUAGGUCCAGAAUCUAAAGGUAAUGAUAUGAACUUUGUGGUUGGGUUAAGUGAAAACUUGUUGACCGAGUGUCGUCGUUUAAAUGCCGAAAAUAUAAAAUACAAGAGUAAAUUGAAGGCAGCAUUAGAUGAGAUCCAGAAUUUUAAAGAAGAAGCCUCACAAUUACGCGAUUUCAACAAAUCUCAAAGUGCAAAUGAACUGAAUUUGAAAGAUAAAAACUGGGAAUUAGAGAGCAAAGUUAUUAGUUUGCAAGAUGAAAUCAAAAACCUGAAACGUGCUUUUGAUAAAGCCACACGUGAGAAUUCAGAACUAUCAAAUCAAAUCAAUAAUUUGAAUCAAAUAAAUGACAAAUUGGAAUUAAGUAACCAAUCUUUGUCCAAAAAUUUAAGGGACAUCAAAGUUAGCACGCAAAAUGAAAUUCUAGCUUUGAAUGAACGAAUCGAGAGUUUAAACGAUGAAAAUGAUCAAUUGCAUAUGCGUUUAGCAGGUGCAGAUACAACCACCCAGACGCACAUUGAAACUUCCAAAGAUAUCAGUACCAAACUGGUUGAUGAUAGUUCUGAAGUUGACGAGGAUACCACUGAAUUUGAUUCGAUUUUGAAGGAAUUGCAACCAUGUGAUAUCCCAGACUCCAAUCCAGCCAACCCACAAUUGGAAAUUGAUACCUUGAGAUCAACAUUGCAACAUUCCAAUAGAACAAUUGCAAAAUUGAGAUCUUCCAUGCUUAAAUAUAGAAAAGUUGAACAACAAGCUUCAUUUUCACAACAACAAAGAACACCAAUGAAAUUGGGCUCAAGUGGUAAACCAAAAUUAAGAGCAUCAAAAAGUGAGCUCACUCAAUCCAGUAGAAAUUCCAUGAUGAUUUCUCCAUCUCGAAAGGAUUCUAAAUUUUUAAUUCUUGACAAUGAAGAUAAUACCACUCGUACUGAUGAUGGUGAUGAUGAUGUUGACGAAGAAACAGAACCUUUCCCAACUGAAGGAGGCAAAUGGGAAGACUUUUUUGGUGAUGAUGUUGAUCCUUCUGCUGCUACUCCUUCGAAAUUGUUGCCUAAGAAAAUAUCGGCCGACUCAGAUACUGAAUCAACCCAUAGUCGAAGCAUGAAUGUAACUGUUGCAACUGGCGACUAUAAUAUUCCAUACUUGGUAGAAUCGUCUGAUUCUGAUAGUGAAUCUGGCAUGCUUGACGAAGACUCACCAUCCAAAAAACCGGCUAGGUCAUUGACAUUAUCCAAGGAAUUAGAGCAAUCAAAUGACUUGCGAAACAAACAUAUUCAAGAUUAUGCUGCUUCCAAUAACUUGGUUCUUGUUCCAUUUGAUGAAUUGGAAAAAUUAAAGACAAUAGAUGAUGCCAAGUUGCUCUCUAUGGCACAAGAAAAGGGCUAUCACUUGCUUACCACCAAAGAGUACGAAGAGUUGAUGUCUGAAGAAGAAAUGAGAAAGAAACUUGAAUCCAAGGGUCUCGUGACGCUUCCUCAAGAUGAAUAUAAUACUAUGUCCGACAAAUUGAAGAGCCCCGAUAAAGAAUUUAUCACCGAGAAAGCCAAUGCCAUGGGAUUGAUUGUUUCAUCCACUGAGGUUUACGAUUCAUUGGUCAAAAAUUCAACCGAUCCAUCAAUAGAUCACCUUACCGAAAUGGCCAAUGCCAAGGAUUUGACAGUAAUCGCCAAUGAAGAAUUGGACCAUUUAAAGAAUCCAACCAUUGAAGAGGUUUCUGAGUUUGCAGCUAACUGGAAUUCAAAAGUUAUCACCAAUGAUGAGUACAGUUCAUUGACUGAUCCUAGUGUCGAUACAAUAAAGGAAAGAGCAACCGAACACAACAUGGUGGUGUUGCCAGAAGAAGAACACACAAGGUUGGUGAAACCAUCUUUAGAAUCAUUAUCAUCUCAUGCAUUAUCCCAUAAACAUGUUCUUGUUGAAGGAGCAGAAUUAGAGCUGUUGAAGAAAUUAGCUCAUGAACCAAGCUUGCACCACGUUAAGUUAAAUGCUGAUAAGUUGAAUUUAAUCACCAUGUCAAAAUCAGACUACACAACAUUAUUUAAGUCCGCCAAUGAACCUUCAAUUACCCAGUUGAAGACUAAAGCUGGCGAUUUGGGUUACACUGUGAUCAAACAAGAUGAAUACGAUACUAUGACAGACAGUAUUCUUCAUCCAAAGGUCGAAUCAGUUGCUGAAAAGCUUCCUGACUAUAAGAUUGUCCCAGUGAAUGAUUAUAACGAUUUAAUCAAGCUAGCACAUGAACCCGAGUUCUCACACAUUGAAUCUAAAGCCAAAAACUAUGACCAUCAAUUAGUCAAGAAUGACGAUUUGGAAAAAUUAAACAAUCCAAGUUUGGAUACCCUUCGUAACAAAGCUGGUUCUUUGGGUCAUGAAAUUAUCGAUAAGUCAGAGCUUGUUGAUCUCCAAACCAGAGCAAAUGAUCCUGAUGUUGAACAUAUCAAGUCGGUUGCUGAAAAGAUUGAUUAUUCAGUUGUACCAAAUGCCGAAUUAGAACAGUUGCACAGACCAACUUUGGAAACAAUAAGUAAUAAGGCUUUAGAAUUGGAUCAUAAGAUCAUUCCACUGAAUGAAUACCAAGAAUUGUAUCAAUUGGCACACAAACCUAGUAUUGAACAUAUUUCUUCAAAAGCAAAGGAAACCAAUCAUAAAUUACUUCCAAAUGAAGAGGUUGAAAACUUGCAAGAGUUGGCUUAUAAUUUCAGUGUUCAAAGAUUAAGAGAUUUGGCCAAGAAGAAGGACUGCUCUGUUGUUGAUAACAAAGAAUUGGACUCCUUGAAAAAUCCAUCCAUUGAAAGAGUUCAAGAUAUUGGUAAAUCAUUAGGUUACGCAGUGAUUGCAGAUGAUGAAUUGAAUUCUUUGAAGAAACCUACACUCGAAGCUAUUCAAGCCAGAGCUCAUGAGUUGAAUCAUGCUGUGGUUAGUAAUGAUGAAUUAAACUCAUUGCACAAUCCAGAUCUCGAGACUAUUAAAUCAAGAGCUGCAGAAUUAAACCAUAAUGUUAUCGCGAAUGAUGAAUACAAUGAAUUGAAACAAUUAGCUCAUGAACCAAGUAUAGAUCAUAUUCAAACCAAGUCAAAGAGUCUCGGCUUUAUUCCAGUCAAGGAAAGUGAUCAUGAAGAGUUGCAAAGUUUGGCACACCAUCCAGAUGUUGAACAUAUAACUGAAAAAGCUAAAGUACAUGGUUUGGUACCAGUGAAGGACGAAGAACUCUCGCAAUUGAAGGUAUUGGCACACGAACCAACUUUAGACCAUAUUAUUGAGAAAUCACGUGCACAUGGUCAUGUUCCAGUUGAGGAAACUGAACUUCUGAAAUUAAAGACUCUUGCUCAUGAACCGGAAUUGGAUCAUAUAAUUGAAAAAUCUAAGAACCAUGGCUAUAUACCAGUGAAGGAAUCAGAAUAUAGUGAGUUGACCCAAUUGGCUAAUGAACCAACUAUUGAUCAUAUCCGUCUGAAGUCGACACAAUUAGGUUAUGUCCCAGUUAAGGAAGACGACUGGGAAAGAUUACAAGAAUUGGCUAACCACCCAGACUUGAAGCAUAUUGAAGACAAGUCGAAAGAGUUGGGUUACAUACCUGUCAAAGAAGAAGAGUUCAACGAAAUGAAGCAAAUUGUUGACAAGCCAACUAUUGAUCACAUCAUCAAGAAGUCAGGAGAGUUGGGAUAUGUUCCAGUACAAGAACACGAGUUAGAAGAGUUGCGCCACCCAACCAAGGAACACGUUGAGGAAUUAGCAACAGGUUAUAAUUUGGUUGCAGUACCGAAGGAUAAAUACCAAGAAUUGGAGUCAACUGUUAACGAACCUACUAUUGAUUUUAUAAAGACCAAAGCCGAGUCGUUGGGUUCUGUUGUUGUUGCCAAAGAAGAAUAUGAAAAACCAAGUCUUGACGAAUUGAAAUCGAAGUCAGCAAUUCAUGAUCAUGUCAUCAUUCCUCAUGAAGAAUUAGCAGAAUAUAAAUCUAUUAUUGAAAGCCCAACACAUGAUUACUUGCACGAAAAACUGGCAUCAAAGGGAUUAAAGAUCAUAGAGAACAAGGAUUAUGAGGACUUGCACGAGAAAGCACAUACUCCAAAGGAAUCCCAUUUAGCAGAAAAAGCUGGUGCAUUAGGUUUGACUUUGAUUGGUGUUGAUGCGUUGAAGCAAUUGAAUGAUAAAGUUGACAACCCUGCCAAGGAAUAUCUUAUUGAAAAAGCCAAGUACCAAGAUUUGUCAGUUGUUGAAAAUGAAAAAUUAUCGGAGUUGGAGAAAUUAGCAUACUCUCCAGAUAUUGCUCAUAUUGAACUGGUUGCUCUGAAACAGGAUGCGACUGUCUUGCUGAAUAGUGAACAUAAAGAAUUAGUGAAGAAUGCAACUGAUCCAUCUGUCGAACACAUUAAAUCAGUUGCAGGGGCCAAACAGUUGACUGUUUUGGAUAAUGAUGCUUUUGCUGAUUUGACACAGAGGGCAGAUAAUCCUUCGAUUGAACAACUCACAGAAGCUGCCAAGAAGAGAGAAUGUGUUGUUGUUCCAGACAAUGAAUACACCAAAUUGGUUAAUCCAAGUUCUGAACAAGUAACAUCCAUGGGUUCCAAAUUAGGAUUGGCAGUUGUUCCAUCAACAGAAUAUACAACCAUGAAAGAAAGCAUUGAGAAACCAAGUUUGGAAUACUUGCAAACUAAAGCGUCUGAUCUUUUCAAAUCAGAGAUCAUUUCCAGUGACAAAAAGAGGGAGUUAGAAACAUUAGCUCACAAACCUGAUGUUGAUCAUAUUAGAGAAGUUGCUACAUCUGUGAACCAUUCUGUUGUACCUAAUGACGAAUUGGACAACUUGAAACAGUUGGCAAACUCUCCAGAUGAGGAUCAUGUCAGAUCCAAAGCACUUGGUUUAGGGUUGGUAACUAUCCAUGAGGCGGAACAUAAGGAAUUAUUGAAUCCUCCAAAAUCAAAACUUGAAAGUCACGCUACUAGCAUAAGUCACACAUUAGUUUCGAAUGAAGAAAUUGAUCGCUUGAAGAGAUUAGAGGAAAAUCCAUCCAAAGAAUUCAUUGAGUCCAAAGCAUUACAGCAUGACUUGGUUACAUUGUCAAGAAAGGAACACAGUGAAUUGUCGACUUUGGCCAACGAACCAUCGAAGGAUCACAUUAUUAGUAAAGCCACUGCUGUUGGAUUGGCUGCUAUUCCUCAAGUUAAAUAUGAUAAGAUGGUUACUAAGAUUGAUAAGCCAAGUAUUUAUUACUUGAAUGAGAAGGCAGCUAGUGAACACAAUUCUGUUGUCAUUCCACAAGUUGAAUAUGAUUCCUUAAAGGAAAGCAUAGAUAAACCAGAGUGGAAUUACUUGGUAGAAAAGGCAAAGUCUCACCUGGCUGUUGUUGUUAAUGACAAAGAGUAUAAUGACUUGGUACAGCUUUCAGUUGACCCAAGCGCUACCUUCAUCGAGAACAAUGCUAAGAAACAUGGAAAUUCUGUGAUUUCUACUGAAAAGUUGAAUAAUCUUGAACGUCUUGCUCACCACCCAUCGAGAGAAGAGGUCCAUGACAAUGCUGAUAAACUCGGGUUGGUUGUAUUGGAUCAAAACGAUCACAAAGAGUUGACCCAUAAGAUUGAUAAUCCAUCAGUUGAGUAUCUUCGAGAACACGCAAGUAAGUUGAACUAUACUGUAGUAUCAUCACCUGAUUAUGACAAGUUGACUACUUUGGUGGACUCACCAUCGAAGGAGCAUAUUGAAGAGAGAGCUGAAUCCGCUGGUUUAGUGGUGAUUCCUAAAGAAGAAUACAAUCAAUUGGUUGAAGAGUCAAACAAUCCAGAUAAAUCAAGAUUAUCUAGUUUGGCAGAUGCAAAAGGAUUGUUGGUUAUUGAUAAAGAAGACCACCAAAAGUUGGUAGAUCAAGUAAGCCAUCCAACUAUGGAAUACUUGCGUGAACAUGCUGACAGACAGAGUGCAGUUGUCAUGACGAUUGAUGAGCACAGUAAAUUGAAGAAUCAAAUUGACUCACCUAAUACAUCCUACUUGGAACAAAAAUGCUCAGAAAAGAAUUUGGCUGUUGUUGCUACUGCUGAAUUGAACAAGCUUAGAUCCAUUUCAGAAGAACCAAGUAUGGAUUUCCUUAAAGAACAUUCAUUGAAAUCGAACCAUGAAUUGAUAGCCAAAGAUGAUCUCACAAAAUUGAAAUCAAGUGUAGACUCACCUAGUGAAGAGUACAUUAAACAGAAAGCAGCAAAAUAUAAUCUCGUGACUUUACCAGAAGCUGAAUAUGAGUCGUUAUUGGAACCAACCAAAGAAGCCGUGACAGCAAAUGCUUCGAAAUUGGGAUUAGCCACUAUUGAGAAACCAGAAUUGGAUUUGUUGAAGAGUACAGUUGAAGAGCCUAGUGUUGAAUUCAUUACUGAGAAGGCUGCCAAUACAGGAUUCGUUGUUAUUCCUAAAGGCGAAUUUAAUGAAUUGAAAUCGUCUAUUGACAAGCCAACAGAGAAAUAUGUUGUUGACAAGGCAAAAUCUUUAGGUCUCGUAACCUUGACAAACAGUGAAUAUGAGACAUUGAAUGAGAAGGCACACAAGCCAAGUAAAGAUCAUAUUGCGUCCGUUGCUGGAAUAUUGGGAUUAUCAGUGCUUGGAAAUGAAGCCCACAAGAGUUUGGUUUCUACGGCAAACACACCAUCAUUGGCGCAUAUCAAGGAUAAAGCUUCCAAACAUAACCACGUUGUGAUUCCUGAAUCCGAUCAUGAUAAAUUAAUUGAAAAAUCCAACAAGUCGAUUGAUACCAUCGCUGAUGAAUUAGGAAUGGUCGCUAUAAGUAAAGAUGUACAUUCUGAUUUGGUAAACAAAUCUUCACGAUCCGUAGAAGAUCUUGCUCGAGAAAACGAUAUGGUUGUUCUUCCAUCUGAAGAAUAUAAGGAGCUCACAACCAAGGCAUCAAAGAGUUUGUCAGAUAUUGCAAAAGAGAACAAAUUGGUUGUGAUUCCAGUGAAAGACCAUCAAGAGUUGAUAACUAAAGCAUCCAAAACAUUAAAUGACCACGCUGAUGAGCAAGGAGCUAUUGUAUUAUCAAAUGAAGAACACACCGAAUUGGUCAAAAAGGCUUCAAAGACAGCUGAAGAGCAUGCCAAAGACAAAGGUAUGAUUUUACUCCCACUUGACGAACACGAUAACUUACAGAUGAAAGCAUCAAGAUCAUUGAAGGAUAUUACCGAAGAGCAUGGAGUGGUUGCUAUUCCACACGACGAGCAUCAAGAUUUGAUUGCCAAAGCUUCAAAGACAUUGGAUGAUCAUGCAAAAGAGCAAGGAGUGAAGAUUGUUGCAACUGGUGAAUAUGAUGAUUUAGUAUCAAAGGCAUCAAGGACUGCAGAUAAAUUGGCAGAAGAAGAAGGCAAGAUUGCCAUUCCUCUUGAACACCAUCGUGAUUUGAGUGAGAGAGCUUCAAAGACGGUUCAUGACCUUGCUGAAGAGCAAAACUUGGUAGUCAUUGAAAAGGAGAAGCAUGCUGAGUUGGUUACCAAAUCAGAAAAGUCCAUUGAAGAUCAUGCUAAGGAACAUUCAAUGGUUGUUAUUGAUCAUGAUGAAUUACAAGAGUUAAGAGAAUCUGCCACCAAACCAUUGGAUAUUAAAGCCAAGGAAUUGGGAAUGUCAGUCAUAGAAACUUCUGAGUUGAAUGAGAUGAAGAACACUAUUGAGAAUCCUACUCUUGAAUACUUGAAAGAAUGUUGCAGAAAGCACUUGCAAAAAGUUGUUCUGGAAGAAGACUACGAACACCUUCAACUGGUUGCCAAUGAACCUAUUGAAGAAAAAGCAAAAAGUAUGGGAAUGGAAGUUAUUGCCGCUGAUAAAUUGAAGAGUCUUGAAGAAUCAAUUGAAAAACCAACAUUGGAUUAUAUCAAGGAUAAGGCUAGUGCUCAAGGAUUUAAUAUAGUUCAUGUUGAAGAUUUGAACCAAAUGAAAGAACAAUUAGCCAAACCAAUAGAAGAACUUUCAAAGGAUAAAGGGUUGGUUGCAGUGAAAGAAGAUGAAUACAACACAUUAGUGUCAAAUGCAAAUGAACCUUCAUUGGAAUUAGUUGAACAAUUUGCUGGUAAACAUAAUUGCGUGGUUGUUAAAGGUGACGAAUAUGACAAGUAUUUGACCAACUACAAUUCACCAGAUAUUGAGUUCCUUGAAUUGAAAGCAAAAGACCGUGGACUUGUGGUUGUUGAUGAAGCUGAAUACAAAAAGACCGUUGCCACAAGCGAAGAGACUAUUGAAGAAAAAGCAGAAAGAAGCAAUUUACAGUUAGUACCAAAGCAUGACUAUGAAGAAUUGAUGAACAAGAUUGAACAUCCAACCCAUGAUUUCUUGGUGGAAAAGGCACAUGUUUUGAAUGAAGUUGUUAUUCCCGAAGAAGAGUAUAAUAAUUUGAUCAAACUGGCCAAUGAAUCUGUUCAUGAUAAGGCUUUAGUUGCAGGAAUGGUGGUCUUGGAUAAAGAUGAACAUUCGAAAUUGCAAUCUACCCACAUGACUCCAUCGCUUGACUUUUUACAUCUGAAAUCAAAGGAACAAGGAAUGUCAUUGGUUAGUGAAGCUGAUUUGAAAGAGUUGCAACAGAAGGUUAAUAGUCCAUCUAUUGAACAACUUCUGGAUGCUGCAGAUAAACAAGGUCAUGUUGUUGUUGAUAAAGAACAGUUCCAAAAGAUGACUGAUGAUUUUAACCAAUCUUUGGAGGAUAAGGCUAAAGCCAAAGGAUUGAUGGUAUUGCCAGAAGAUGAAGUUUUGUCAUUAAAAGAAGUAAAAGACCAACCAAGUGUUGAAUUCCUUAAAGAGAAAUGCGAUAACCAAGGAUUGUUAGUGGUGAAUAAAGACGAGCAUGAAAAGUUGGUAAAAGAAGCAGGAACUCCUCUUGAGGAUAAAGCUGCUUUAGCCAACAUGGUAUUGAUGUCUAAAGACCAACAUGAUGAAAUUAUAAGUCCAAGCUUAGAGAGAGUUAAAGAGCACGCCCAUACUCACGGUCAUACAUUGGUUGCUGUUGAUGAAUUGAACGAAUUAAAGUCGAGAGCCGAUGAACCAAGCAUUGAAAAAUUACAACAAAUUGCUGAAAAGAACAACUUUACAUUGGUAACCAACGAUGCUCAUGAGGAUUUGGUUAGAAGAGCUGAUGCUACGAUCCAGGACAAGCUUGAAGGAACAGAUUGGAAGUUGAUCAAGAAUGAAGAAUAUGAUGAGUUGAUUCUUAAAGCGCACCAGCCAACUAUUGAAGAUAUCACAAAGUCUGCAGGAGCAAUCGGCUUUACCGUAUUGUCUAUUGAAGAAGCAGAUAAGAUGAAAAAGAGGUUGAACCAACCAUUAGAUGAAUUAGCUGCUGAAGCAGGAUUGGUAAUGGUUACGAAAGAGGCACACGAUUCAAUGACUGCACAGUUAGAACAGCCUUUGGUUGAAAAGGCUGCUGCUGAAGGAUUCGAAUUGAUUAACAAGGACGAAUUAGAAGCAAUCAAGAUAUCUGCCGCCCAACUGGCCGAAGAAAAAGCAAAGAAUGAUGGCAAGAUUGUUAUUUCACAAGAGUCAUAUGAUGAAUUGGUCAGAGAAAGAGAUUUGCUUGAUGCUAAGUUUGCUGGUGUCAAUAUAAGUACUGGAGACGAACUGGCCAUUGCCAAUGUGAAGGACCAAUUUAAGACCUUGGGAUUUACUGUCGUUCCUAAUGAGCAUGUGAAGACUGUACGUACUUCAAAAUCAUUCAGUUCUGAAUCAGAUCAAUACCAUGAUGCCGAAGAGUCGUUUGUGCUUUCUGAAGAAGAGUUGACUAAUUCUGCAUCGAAAUUAGGAAUGGUGGUUAUAUCUAAGAGUGAAUACGAAAAGUUGUCGCAUGCUGAUGAACAAAAAGUUCGUGGAUUAGCUGCUGGAUUGUCGUUGUCGGUCAUUGCUGAAGUGGAAUUGCUUAAAUGGAAACAAUCAUUAGCUGCUAAAGAUGAUGAGAUUUACAGUUUAGCAAAAGAAAGGGACACUAAAGCUAGUGAGAUUGAGAAAUUGAUCCAAGAAAGAGAUGCUAGUGUUAAGGCAUUAGAAGAUGAACAAGCUGUGUCAGAUGCUGCUUUGAAAUUGUCGAUUUUACCAAUCCCUGAAUCACAGUAUAUCAGCACCACAGCUCAUCCAAAACCAGAGGCUACAAAUGUGAAAGUGGUACCAACAAGUUACUUCAACCAAUUGCUCAAGUUAAAGGCGAUGUCCCUUGAGAAGUGUUCUGAUGAACUUUUCAAACAGCAUGCUGAGAAACGUGGUUUCAUUCGUAAGGAUGAGAUUACUCCAGUUAUAGCUUCCACAGCACAAUUUAAAUCGAGUCCAGCCUCACAACAAAGAGACUCUUUUGAUCUGAGCAACAGAAUCACACCACCUUCAAACCUCAUUGCUAGACAGCGCCAGACAACACCUGGGUCCUCUAGAAAUAGUUCUGGUGGUAGCGUUACAAGAGGUGUUGGUCCUGGUAUACCACAGUCGACUUCUGUUGUUUCACAUUUGUCCGAACAAUCGGCUCCAGAUUCACUUAGAUCCAAUGCCAUAUUCUCGAUGGCCACAGAUGUGUCUUUGACAGAUAAAUCAAUGAUUCCUGCAAUCACACAAGUUGUUAUUGGUGAGUAUUUAUUCAAGUAUUACCGUCGUUUGGGUCCAUUUAAAGUUAUUAGUGAAACCAGACAUGAACGAUACUUCUGGGUUCAUCCAUAUUCGUUAACACUUUAUUGGUCUGAAAAUAAUCCAAGUUUGGCCAAUCCAUCCCAGGUUAGAACUAGAGCUGCUGCUAUCAUUGGUGUUGAGAGUGUUGAAGAUAAUAACCCAUUACCAACUGGCUUAUACUAUAAGAGUAUUAUUGUUCAUUCUACUGAUAGAUCGAUCAAGAUUACAUGUGCAACUAGACAAAGACACAAUAUUUGGUACAAUGCCUUACGUUACUUGAUCAACAGAAACAUUGACGAUUUGACUAUUGAUGAAGACACAAAUGCUGAAAUCAUUUCACAACAAAUAAGUUCAGAUGAAGGUGGUUUACAUCCUCCACCAGUUAAAUCUGAAUCACAAAGAAAUUUGGAGACAUUGAUGGAUACAGGUGACAGACGUGCUUAUCCAAGACCAAGAAGAAUAAACUCGACCCCACUUGCAUCACAACCAUCAUCACCAACAUCAAGACUUUCAAGAUUCCUGUCAUUAAGAAGAUUAUAG